UACUCAUUGAAGACGAAGUUCAUUAUGUAGGAUAGUGUAGAGUCCAUUGCACAAACGGCAUAAAAUCCAGAGACAACGUGAGAGUAUUGCUGCUCGUCGUCGACGGCCUCGGAGCGACCCUCUGAAAAAGGAGAAGAACAGGAAUAUCAGCGUCUGAUUGGACGGAUUUUCAUAACAGGGUUCCUGCCACUAUAAUCAUCUUCUCUCAGGCUAUGGACCGGCUAUAUAGUUAAACCGUAGCCUAACUCUAGCGCACCAACUAGUACACGAACUUGAAUCGUAAUGGGGAGCUUGAACGGAAACGGACUCGCCAGUCAAAGACUAGCAGUUCUCGACAAGGAUCCUUUGCGUAGAGCAUGGAGGGGUAAUAAAGAAGACACGAUCCAACUCAAAGCCGUUCCAUCUUUCAAUUCUCCCUAUGAGGAGCGAGAAUGGAUUAAGGCACAUAUGGCUGCCGCACUUCGCUAUUGGGGUAAACUGGGAUUUGGAGAAGGUAUCGCGGGCCAUAUAACUGUUCGUGAUCCUGUCUUUCCUGACCACUACUGGAUGAAUCCAUUUGACGAACACUUUUCGACAAUCACCAAAUCGAUGCUCGUUCUUGUUGGUCCGGAUGGAUAUGUCUCGACUGAAGGAGCGCAAGCACCCAUCAACGCAGCAGGAUUCUAUAUUCAUUCUUCCAUCCAUAAAGCUCGUCCUGAAGUGAAGGCAGCAGCUCAUUGUCACUCUAUUCACGGUAAAGCGUGGUCGGUCUUUGGCCGCCCAAUCGACAUGCUUGUUCAAGACUCGUGUCUCUUCUAUAACAAUCAAAGUGUAUAUAAAAAUUUUGGUGGAGUUGUGCUCUCUCACGAGGAAGGAGCUAACAUAGCUAAGGCCCUUGGACCCAAGUCUAAGGCAUGCAUUCUCCAAAAUCAUGGGUUAUUAACUCUAGGAGACACAGUAGACGAAGCAGUCUAUCUCUUUGGUGCAUUAGACAGACUAUGUCAUGUACAGCUUAUGGUUGAAGCUGCAGCUGCCAACAAUAUACCAAAAACCCUUAUUUCGGAAGAAGACGCUGAGUUUACUGCCAAUUCCAUCAAUGAAUCUAGGAGGAACUACAUCAAAUUUCAGCUUGAAUACAAACUUUUACUUCAAGAAACACAGGGGGCCUUCUUGCAGUGAUACAUCGGAUUAAAUGAUAAGAAUGGUCCCUACAUAUGAGGGUAAUGAUUUCCCAGUGUACGACUAGGACCUGCCCACGUCAAGACCUGCAGAAAACCCAGGUCGCGCGUGCGCAGCUUCAACCCAUUUCUGUAAUUUUGAGAUCUCAAUGAAAAUGACCAAUUACCAAGUUUGCAGAAACUUGACUUACCUUGA